AUGGAGAACGAGGAGAACGAUUACGGGGUGGCUGACGACUUUGAUGACGUUCUAGCGCCCGCGAAAAAUCUAUUGAGCUUGCUUGAAGCGAAAAAACGAUCAAAUGAGGUCGUGGGACUGACUUGGGAUGUUGGACAGAAAAGAUCUUCCAAGCACGACGCGGGCGGUGAAUGGGUUCUCCUUGAAAAGCACAACACGGGGCCUGAAGCGAGGGCUGCGGCGCGUCUUCGUCCGAACGGCGUGAGAUUCAAGAGUGCCAACAGCUCUGCGAUGCAUUGGUAUUACACCUGCGCCACGCAUGCGGAUAACGGAUGCCCUUGUCGGCUGCGUGUGAGUAGGCCAACACACUUGGGCGCAGCUGGCUUUUGGCUUGUCGAGAGACUAUACGGAGAGCAAUGCGAUGCACUCGCGAAUGUACCGACUGAACACGUCAUCGAACGAGGAACGGGUGAUAUUGUUGACUGUGACGGAGCUCCCGCAAUCGGCAUUCCGCCGACAAAGCACUGCCGGGAAGGUCAUCAGCGAGGAGUGCAUCGCAAUCUCGUUCCCAUCAUCUCAGAAAUGCGCAAAACAGGUGCAACGCCCGCGGCCAUACUAACGGAAUUACACAGCGCGUGGAUCAACGGCGGUUUACAUGAUAAGAUUACUGGCAAGGGGGAUCUCCCGAGUCAGAAACAGUUGAAGAACUUCUUCCAUCGCAAGGAAGCUGCAGGUGGAGAUUUGACAGUUGAAGAGGUACAAAGAUACCUGCAGCAACACGCCAUUCCCAGCACAGCGGACGCGUUCCACGCGCUCCGCCCAGCGCGCACAAAAGGUACAUAG